AGCAAUUAGAAUUUAGAACACGAGUUUUGAAGGCUCCAAUGGACAAUUUAUCAAAUUCUGAUGAAAGCUAUGAUCUGGGAUAUCAUCCUUCACCUUCUUCUGUGGAUCAGAAUGAUCACUCACUGGCAGAAACUUCAACAAGUGGUGAUUCCUUUAUGUACCGCCGGACGAAUUCAGAGACCUCAGCUUUCUCUGAGUCUGUAGACGACACCAGCUACUCUGGUGAAGCAUCCCCUUGGUUCUGCCCAAACGUGAAAACCAGAUUUCAUAACCAGGUUGCUCUUACCAGACUAGGAAUGAAGCAGCACAACAAGAAUGCCACAGAUGAUAAGCUUGAAGAUCAUGAAGCAGUAGAUGCAGAGCUUGAGAUGAUGAAAGAACGAUUUGCAAAACUCUUGUUGGGUGAGGACAUGUCAGGAAGUGGGAAAGGGGUGUGCACCGCGGUUACGAUCUCAAAUUCGAUAACCAACCUCUAUGCCACUGUGUUUGGGCAAAAUUUGAGGCUAGAGCCCUUGAACCCUGAGAAGAAAGCAAUGUGGAAGAGGGAAAUGAAUUGCCUGUUAUCAGUUUGUGAUUACAUAGUAGAACUCAUCCCCAUAUCCCAAAAUUUGCAAGAUGGGACAGAAAUGGAGUUGAUGACAAGCAGACCGAGAUCUGAUCUCUAUAUCAACCUUCCAGCUUUGCAAAAGCUUGAUGCAAUGCUUAUUGAAGUACUUGAUAGUUUCCAAGAUACAGAAUUCUGGUAUGCAGAAGAAGGGAGCAUGUCGUCAAACUCAAACCGUUCAGGUUCAGGAUCGUUCCGAAGGGUUAUUGUUCAGCGGAAUGAGGAGAAAUGGUGGUUGCCAAUUCCAUGUGUUCCUCCAGGUGGCCUCUCUGAGAAGUCAAGGAAGCAUUUGAAACACAAACGUGACUCUUCUAAUCAAAUCCACAAAGCAGCCAUGGCAAUCAAUAGCAGCAUUCUUGCUGAGAUGGAAAUUCCAGACUCAUACAUGUCAACUCUUCCCAAGAGUGGAAAAUCGUGUCUGGGGGAUUCCAUUUACCGCUACAUGUGCACCACAGGCAAGUUCUCCCCAGAACAUCUUCUCGACUGCCUCAAUCUAGCAACUGAACAUGAAGCACUUGAGCUUGCAGACAGGGUUGAAGCUUCAAUGUACACAUGGAGACGUAAAGCAUGCAUGAGCAAUUCAAAAUCUUCAUGGGUCAUGGUGAAGGAUCUAAUGUCGGAAACAGACAGGAGCGACAAAAACCAUAUUUUGGCAGAGAGAGCCGAGUGUUUGUUGUUCUGCUUGAAGCAGAGAUAUCCUGAGCUCUCUCAGACAUCCUUGGAUACAUGCAAGAUCCAAUACAAUAGGGAUGUGGGGCAAGCAGUGCUGGAGAGCUACUCAAGGGUGUUGGAAAGUUUGGCAUUCAACAUUGUUGCUUGGAUUGAAGAUGUAAUUUGUGUUGAAAGAUCUGUGAGAAACCAAGGCAAAUAAUUAGGGACUGCAACUAAGUU